AUGACAUUAUUUUCUUUUAAAUCAACAAACAAAAUAACACAAAAUUUGUAUCUUGGAGAUGUAAAAAUUGCUCGAAGUAAAUAUUUUCUCGAAAAUAAUAAUAUUCAUGGCAUAGUUAAUGCCACUACUAACGAGCCAAACGCCUAUCCUGAAUUAUAUGAUUAUUUGCGUAUAAAUAUUGACGAUGAACCAAGCGAGCAAAUUCAUCCAUUUUUUCAAAUUGUCUUCGAAUUCAUACGAUGGCAUCAUAGCCUUGGUCAUAGUGUAUUAAUUCAUUGUCAAAUGGGUAUCUCACGAAGUGCAACCCUCGUCAUUGCAUAUUUGAUGAUUGAUGGACAUAAGACACUUGGCGAAGCUUUUCAACAAGUCAAGAGUGUGCGAGAACAAAUCGAUCCUAAUGAGGGUUUUAUGAAACAAUUACGUGAACUUGAAAUAUCAUUGUUUGGCGAAACAAUGACUCUGGAACGUAUUACGUUUCAAGAUCUUAGUAUCGAUGAACCACCUAAAGUUGUUAUGGAUCGUGUGCUUAUGGUUCUCGAAGACUUCGUUACAGCUUUUGCUGAUGAUGCAUCUCCGCAGACACUCGACCUGCUCAAAGAUAAACUUCUUAGAUUAGCUGACAAAGUUAAACGUAAUAAUGUCACUGAUUUAUUGUCCAAUGGUAUUUACAGAUGUCUACGAAUGUUCGGAGAUGAUGAGUCAUUAGAUCAAGAAGCAAGAGUUGGUUUAAAACAAGCAUUUUCUGUAUUGUGUACUUUCUAUAAUGUUGAUAUCAAUGAUUGUCUCAAUAAUUUGACUAACAGUGAAGAUUGGAAAGAUCUCUGCAUUGAUGUACCAUUAGUUUAUCGAUGGAUCAAUCAUCUACGAGACCAAAAUUCUUCUGUGGACAUAUCAUAA